AUGGGCGAUCUGCCGCAGCAGGCGCGCAGUCCGCGCACCCCUGGCAGGUCGCCCUCUUUCGAUGCGGGGCGUCUUCGUCAGCCGGGACAACAUCCGCCCCGUGAAGUCCGCAAGUCGGUGGAGCAACUCCAACACUACCUGUCCUCCAAGGAGCAGGGACAAGUCCGAUCGCAGGAGCUCCAUGCCCUGGCGGGCUAUCUGUAUCAGCCGUACUUCCUGCACAGUCCGCGCUUCGCCGAGGCCGGGCCGGCAUCGCCCUUGCUGGAGGGCAACACGGGCCCGUGGGCCGAGCCGCCGCGCGCGCACGCCGACCUCGGCACUCGCCAGCUGGUGGCCUGCUGCCUGGUGGAUGUCCUCAUUUUGUCGGCCCCGGAGCCGCCAUUCCCCGAUGGUCCGACCGGGCUGCUGCGUGUCAUGCGGCUGCUGGUGGAUUGUCUGCUGCGCUUCGAGGCGCCGGCGGGUCCCGGCUCCGCGGACGCUGGCGCCGACAUCCAGGGACAGCCCAAUCGCCGGGACGCCUAUCUCCUUGGGCGGCUGGCUCUGAGCCACUCAUUGGCCAUCCUGCCGGCAUUGCGUGACGAUCCCGAGGCUCUGGCCGGGCCGCCCGGCCCCUCGGGCAUGGCCCAGCCCGUUGGCCGGCAUGUGGCUGCCGAGGCCGACCGGCUGGUGGCCUGCGCCCUGGCCGGCCUGCUGGGGCUCCUUCGGCGCUUGGCUCAAAGUGGCGGGGCCGAUCCGCACCGCCUCCGCGAGGCAGCCUACGAAUGUGCCGAGCAGCUGAUCGCCGAAGGGGACCUUGUUCCGGCGCUGCUGGUGGACAUGCUGCUGCUGGACAAUCUGGCUGACAUGUGCGGGAUCCUGGCCCGCGGCAUGGGGGACGCCGUGCCCCCGGCCGGGGGGGCUUUCCCCUGCCACCAGUGCCUCGGCCCGGUGACGGAGGGCACACCCUCGCCCAGCAUGGAGGACUUCCUCUGA